AAACAGUAACACAUUCUCCGAACCGCGCGCACGUGCUACGCACGCCCUCUUCCCGAUAGCCUCUGCCUUCGGUGAUUUUAGCCGGACGGAUUGCAGUCGGCGGAAUGAGCAACUCCGCGGCGGCGGACACGGAGGCCGACGAUUCAGACUUGAUAUGCCAGCUUGAGAGCGUCCAGGGUAUCGUUGAUGCCCUAACGUCGGUCCGAUGGAAGCGCUAUCAGGAUGCUGUCGUCGAACUAUCCGAGCACGGCAUAGUCAUAAUUGUAGAAGAGACAGGUUGUCUUCAGGCUAAGGUUUAUUUACAGCGCGAGCUAUUUGUUAGGUAUGACUUCCGAGCGCACGGGCGGCCGCGAUUUGGUUUGAGUUUAGGACUGUUUGUUAAUUGUCUUAGUACGUUUUCAGUUCCAGGUCGUUCCACCAUUCUUGAGCUCCGAUAUCCCGGGCCAGACAUGGAACUGAUGCUCAGAUCUAUAGAUUCUUCAGAUGGCUGCAGUCUAGCAUACAUUAGGACAAGGAUUUUGGAGACCAUCUCAUGGGAUUACAACUUUGAACCUGCCGGUAGCACUCCUUUGAGUUUUACUGUUAAGUCUGCAGCUCUGAAGGAAGCUAUUGAUGAUCUUGAAUGGCCGGGAUCUAGCAUUCAAAUCACACUACAGCCGACUCCCCCAUCAGUUAUCUUCAGAGGUGAAGGCCAUGGAGACUUACAGAUAGACUUCAAGUACAACGCCAGUGUGGACCUUCUCCUUGCAUAUAGCUGUGAUCGACAAAUUUCUCACAGGUACAAGUACAAAUUCCUUCGAGCGACAACUUCAAAUAUACCGACCAGCGUCAUAAGAGACAAUCGAGGGACUAAGCUGACUGUUGGGAGAGGUGGUAUGCUGAAAGUUCAGCAUCUUGUCUCGGUGGCCAGACCAUCUGCGGCGCAGCAGCAUUCUCACGUGGAUUCGGCCGGCCAUCAUCGACAGCCAGGUCGGAUUGCUUAUAUUGAGUUCUAUGUUAAGCCUGAAGUAGAAGAAGAUAAUGCGACUGAUUCUUAGGAGUUGAAUCAUCUCAUUGAAAAUCAAAAUUCCUUGUCACAACUGUAUGUGCAUAUAAGUUUCUUGAGGGUCUAAGUUAUGAUUUAUGUAGAUGAAAAAAUGGGCCCAUAUAUUGAUUUUGUUACUUCUUUAUCUUUUUUAUUCUUUUAAAUGAUACAAGGGAAAUUUGAUGUC